AUGCAGGCGUUUUACGAUGAAGACGCAGUCAGAUGGCAUGCCAGCGUGCACAGCCUUAUGGGGGAAAUGAACGCCAGUGCUGAGAGUCUCGCUCACACCCCCUCAUCAUCUCCCUUGUGCCCCAUCCCCCCACCCCAUCCUCUCUCCUUUUGGUUCGGACCCCCUCUGCUCUCCCUUGCCCCUCAUCCGCUCACCUUUCCCUUUCUCCUUCCCCCCUUUCUCCUUCCCCCCCUUUCUCCCCACCACCUUUCUCCCACUUCCCAGAACGCCAGUGCUGAAAAUCUCGCUCGCAAGUUUGGCUCGGACCCCAAGACAACCUCUUUUACACUCAUCUUUGGAGUGUUGAGGGAUUUUGUCGAUCUCUUUAAGAAGAAUCUGGUUGAAUAUGAGAAGAAGAAAAAGGCAGAGGAGGAGGCGGCUAAAGAGCAGGCCCAGCCGAAGGCGAAAGCGAGUGGGAAGCAGCAGCGGGAGCAGGAGGAGCAGCAGAAGGAGCAGCAUAGGCACGCACAUCCACCAGUGGUGGCUGGCCGUGCCUCUGCUUACAGCUUCUGUCUUCGCCAUCUGUGUGGUUGUUUGUAUACCCGUCUGUGCGUGUGUCCUUCAUUCGCCCCUCCCUCCCUCCCAGGCCAGCACAGGCACGCACAUCCACCAGUGGUGGCUGGCCGUGCCUCUAAUAACAGCCUCCGUCUUCGCCAUCUGUGUGGCUGUCUGUGCGGCUGUGCGUUGGUGGUAACCGCUCAUUCCUUCCCACACCCUACCGUCCGUCUCUUCCCGCUCCCCCCUCAGGCCAGCAUAGGCACGCACAUCCACCAGUGGUGGCUGGCCGUGCCUCUAAUAACAGCCUCCGUCUUCGCCAUCUGUGUGGCUGCCAGCAUAGGCACGCACAUCCACCAGUGGUGGCUGGCCGUGCCUCUCAUAACAGCCUCAGUCUUCGUUAUCUGUGUGGCUGUGUUCGUGGUCGACCUACUGACUGGCUAUGACAGCUUCAGGGACGUCUGCUUCUCGCCCUCUUUAACUGUGCUGCACUGGCAAGUCUACCGCGCCCUCACAUCCAUCUUCUUCCACAAGGGACUCCUGCACAUCGCACUCAACCUCUCCACACUCCUCCCCCUGGCUUCCCCUCUCGAGCGCCACCUGGGCUCCCUGCGGCUGCUGCACGCGCUGCUGCUGCUCGCCUGCCUGAACGCCAUUAUCCACUCUGUCUUGGCGUUUACUCCCGGGCUGCUGCUUGGGUGGUGGGGCUGGUGGGCUGGCGAGUGCUGCAUCGGCUUUUCGGGGGUGCUCUUCGCACUGAUCGUCCUGGACUUACAGAUUGGAGGGGGGAAUCAAAGGAGCAUCUUUGGCUUCUUCUCUGUGCCAACUGCAUGGUACCCCUGGGUUCUCCUUGUACUAUUCCAACUCCUCCUCCCUUCCGCCUCUCUGCUCGACCACCUAAGCGGAGUGCUCUCAGGCCUAGCAUAUGUGCGUGGUGCCCUCGCUAUAGUCACACCCUCCUCAGCCACAUUCAGUUCCCUAGAGUCAUCACGUCUCCUGGCUCCCAUGGUGCGUCGGCCAGGGUUCAUUGCAGGGGGGCAUCCCAUCAGCGCUGCCGCCUUCACCAGCCUUGGGGAUAUCUCCUCCCUGCGGCCAGCAAGCAUCAGCCAAUCGCUGCACGCCAUGUGGCGGUCCAUGCAAGCAUCCCUAGCUCGUCUGCAAGAGCGGUGGCGAUCGGUGGCCGCUGCGGUGCAGCAGCAGCAGGAGCAGCAAAGACUAAUCCAACAGCAACAGCAGCAGCAGCAGCAGCAGCAGCAGCAGCAGGGGAGAUUCAGUCAGCGCCAGGGGCCUCUAUCGAAUGUGCACUCAAUUUCAGCAAUGGCUGCUGCUAAUAACGCACAGCCUUCGUUACAGUCACAGUCACAUGGGUGGGGACAGGUUGCGGGCCAAGGGAGCACGCCGCAACAACCAGCAGGCCCUGCGGCUGAUCCUAGGUUCCCUGGACGGGGUCGAACCCUAGCAGGCUCGGCAGCAGCAGGGGGGGCACCUUUAGCUGCUGCAGGAGCAAGAGAAGGGGAGGGAUUCGUUGGGGUGGCGGUAAUUGCAUCUGAAGAUGCUCCCAACUACCCGCUGCCCAAUGCUGCUGCUGCUGCUUCUGCUGCUGCUGCCGCUGCUGCUUUGGGAAGAGCGACAGUCCUCUCUAGCGGCUGGGCAUAUUCCCCAAGCCAGAUCAACCAUCCCCAGCACAAUGAGCACUUGCAUGGUGUAGCCGAUGGUGCUGGCAGCGGCAAUGAUGGUGCUAUUAGAGCGGCAUCUGUGCGACAGUUGUGCGAUAUGGGCUUUAACCAGCUGCCUUUCCCGGCAGUACCACCCCCCACCCCUCUCCUUCCCCUUUCCCCACCUUCUCUCCUCUCUUCUCCCUCGCUCCUCCCACAUACAUUCGGAACCAUCUUUGGCUCCCUGGUGGCCUUUCUUUCUUCACCUCUUCCCAAUCCAACCUCUCUCUCCUCCCUUUCACCCUCUCCCCCCCCUCUCUUCCCCCCACCGUCCCCUUCCCCGCACGCAGUCAGCCCUUUCCCCGCUCCUCCUUUCCCACUCCAGCCUCUCUCCCCUCCUUUUCUCACUUCCCCUCCUCCCCAUUCCACACUCUCCCCCCCCCUUCCCCCACAUGCAGUCGGCACUAUCUUUGGCACCCUGGUGGCCUUUGCCGCCCUGCCGCUCCGGUCGCUGGGCGGCGACGGUUGGAAGAUAGCGGCUGCACUGAUGGGGCGGCACAUAGGGGGGGGUGAGUGGGCGGGGGAAGGGGGAGCCGUGAACUACGUGGCAGUGACAGAGGCGCUACAGGCAUCACCAUCGGUGGUCACGGCAGCUCUGGCAGCCCACAACCUGCUGUGCGCCCGGGGGUGCUGUCAACUACGUGGCAGUGACAGAGGCUCUGCAGGCAUCACCAUCCCAUCGGUGGUGACAGCAGCCCUGGCAAUUGACAGAGGCGCUACAAGCAUCGCCACCGGUGGUGACGGCAGCUCUGGCAGCCCACAACCUGCUGUGUGCCCGGCGGUGGUGGUACUGCUGCUGCUGCUGAUUCAACCUCCUUCCCCUCCCACUGUCCCCACUCCCCAUUGUCCCCUCCCCACCCUCCCAGCUGUCAACUACGUGGCAGUGACAGAGGCAUUACAAGCAUCACCAUCGGUGGUCACGGCUGUUCUGGCUGCCGACAACCUGCUGUUUGCCCAAGGGGGCGCUGCUGCUGAUGGUGGUGAUGCCGUGAACUACGUGGCAGUGACAGAGGCGCUACAGGCAUCACCAUCGGUGGUCACGGCAGCUCUGGCAGCCGACAACCUGCUGUGCGCCCUGCACUUCACAACCCUCUUCGCCCUCGCUGCUAAGAUUCCUGCAGAGAAGGAGGGGGAGAGCAGUGGUGCCGGUGAUGCUGCUGCUGAAACGCAGCUUUCAGACUCACAGCCCUCGUUUGAUGUAUCAGCAGCAGCAACCGCCCUCGCCCUCGCAGCCUCUCUCUGCUGGCUCGGCUCCUCUCUAGCAAAGAAACUCUCCUUCGUUGGAGGCACCAUCCCUUGCGUCACAGCGCUCGUGCUGGCCUUCGCUACAGUCACACCCCACCUUGCUGCCCCGCUGGUGGUCCCUGGAGAGAAACUGGCUACUCUCAUGCUGCAGGUAUUCUUUGCUUCCAUAGGAGCCAACGGCAAUCUCGCCGCCAUCCUAUCCUCAGCGCCCUCCCUCUUCCUCUUCAUCCUCCUCCAACUCUCCCUCCACCUCCUCUUCACCCUCUCCCUUGGUCACCUCCUCUCUCUCCCACGAAAAGACCUUCUUAUUGCCUCCAAUGCCAACGUGGGAGGCCCAACCACAGCAGCCGGCAUGGCUGCUGCUAAAGGCUGGCGCUCCCUCACGGUCCCGGCUAUACUGGUGGGGAUAUUUGGCUAUGCGACUGCUACCUUCCUGUCGGUGGUCCUAGGUCAUACCGUCCUAAAGCCCAUGCAUUUGAGAGCAGGUGUGUUCUAG